CUUCAUUCCUAUACUUCCUUUCCUCCGAUAGUAGGGGAAUUAAAAGCGAAUCCCCCAAAGGCCUUGCGCUGUCUCAUUUGUUGUUCUGAGCAAUUGUCGCGUGCGCACUUCCAUCCGCACCUCCACCUCCCCGCAUUUCCCCACUCGAUCAGCGUCACUACUCCUGUCCCUGACAAUGCCAAUAUCACCGGCGAUCCGCAUUGCUCCUUCGCGUGCAGCAAGGGCUCUCAAUCUCCUUCGAACCGUACAAUACACGCAUCCCCCAUCAUGCCCUUGCCAUUCGAACCCCAAUUAUCAUCAAUCGCCGUCCACUGUCCAGCAAGCACGCAGACAUCUCGCUACACCACUAGAUCAUUCACAACAAAAGGAAUAUGCAUUCGAAAUGGCGGCCUCUAGCAUCCGAUUCGGGCCAGGAUGUACAAAGGAAGUCGGUAUGGACUUUAAGAACAUGGGCAGCAAGCGUGUCAUGGUGGUCACAGACCAAACUGUAAGAAAGCUGGAUGCAAUGAGGCAAGUCGUUGAGGGACUUGAGCGGGAGGGCGUAACAUAUGAGAUCUUCGACAAGGUCAGGGUGGAGCCAAAGGACCAUAGCAUAAGGGAAGCCAUUGAUUUUGCAAAGCCAUGGAGGCCUGAUGCUUUCCUGGCUGUUGGUGGAGGUAGUGUGAUCGACACUGCCAAGUUGAUGAAUCUUUACACUACCUUUCCCGAAGCAGACUUCUUGGACUUUGUCAACGCACCACUGGGCAAGGGAUUACCUAUUCCUUCGAAACUGUUCCCCCUCAUUGCAGUCCCUACAACUGCAGGAACUGGUUCUGAGACUACUGGUACUGCAAUCUUCGAUCUGGUCUCCAAGCGGGCAAAGACUGGCAUCGCACAUCGCAACCUGAAGCCCACUCUUGGAAUAGUAGACCCGAUAAACACGCGCACUAUGCCAUCGGCUGUUCAUGCGUCUUCGGGUCUUGAUGUCCUCUGUCACUCUCUGGAAUCUUGGACCGCGAUACCAUACUAUGAGCGCACUCCCCGACCUACGAACCCCAUCAACCGUCCCGCAUAUCAAGGCGCAAACCCCAUCUCCGAUAUAUUUUCACUCAAGGCUCUGAGGGAUACUGUCAAGUACCUGCCACGUGCAGUCAAAGACCCGGAAGACCAUGAGGCUCAAUCACAGAUGCUCUUAGCUGCAACUCUUGCAGGUGUUGGUUUCGGUAACGCAGGUGUUCAUCUGUGCCACGGAAUGUCGUAUCCUAUUUCAGGUCAGAACCCAGGAUACAAACACGCCGGUUACGAGGUUGACCACACCAUCAUUCCACACGGAGUUAGUGUCGCAGUAACAGCACCGGCAGUAUUCAAAUUUACCGCCGCAUCGAACCCAGAGCGUCACUUGGCCGCAGCCGAAGCCUUUGGCGUAGACAUUUCAAACGUCAAGGCAGAAAGUGCUGGAGAGGUAUUGAGUGAAGCAUUGGCAGAGUUCUUGAUUAAGCUCGGCGACCAACCCCGAGGUUUGAAGGCACUUGGUUUUAGUUCAGAGCAUCUGGACCAGUUGGUUGAAGGCACGAUUCCCCAGGCAAGAGUAUUAAUGUUGGCACCGACUCUGGAGACACAGAAUGUGGAUGCGGAGAGGGAGCAGUUGCGGGGUCUGUUUGAAGAGGCGAUGGAGUACUAACACGCUAUCGCUGCCCAUUCAAGUGCGCAAUCUUUUCGGCAAAGUACAAUUAGUCAUCUCAUCUUACACUGGAUGAAUGACAAAAAGUAUUGGGAAUGAAAACAAAGUGUGUUGCUUUCUGUACAUGAGCGUGUCUGUGAUGCGGAACAAAGCGUGUCUUUCCUAGGGGCAAUCACACAUGUGUUUCAGCCUCACGGCCCCACCCCGCAACCCCUCCUUACUCCAGCUUUUUUCAAUCAAUGGC